CGUUGGUGCAGUGGAGGAGGGUCAGGGCGGUGAGUAUAUAAAUCGGGCGCGGGGCUUGUUUUCACAGAGGCCCGGGGACCGUUGGUGCAGUGGAGGAGGGUCAGGGCGGUGAGUAUAUAAAUCGGGCGUGGGGCUUGUUUUCACAGAGGCCCAGGACCGUUGGUGAGCAGUAGAGGAGGGUCAGGGCGGUGAGUAUAUAAAUCGGGCGCGGGGCUUGUUUUCACAGAGGCCCGGGACCGUUGGUGCAGUGGAGGAGGGUCAGGGCGGUGAGUAUAUAAAUCGGGCGCGGGGCUUGUUUUCACAGAGGCCCAGGACCGUUGGAGCAAGUGGAGGAGGGUCAGGGCUUUUACCGAAAUCCGUAACGUUCCACACUCCAUAGUGAGGGUUCUGGUGGAAGCCGCUGAUUGGUGGAAGCAGACUAGAGGAAGCAGCUGAUUGGGUGCAACAUCAGGUUAGCAUUUGUGCUUUCUGGUUAAAGGGGCAGUGCUUUAGUUAAGGUGCAGUGUUUUUGUAUUAUACUGGUAUCAGAUCCAGGGUAAGGCGGGAGAAUGACAGUCAGAGCAGUAUACUGUUCUGGAUGUCAGAUGUGGGAGGUCAUGGUGUCGGAUGGCCCUCCAGACAUCCACAUCUGCACCAGGUGCAGCGAGAUGGGGCUCCUAAGGGACCGUAUUAGGAUCCUGGAGCAGCAGCUCGAUGACCUCGCUCUGAUCAGGGAGAGUGAGGAGGUCAUAGAGGGGAGUUAUAGAGAGGUGGUCACUCCAAAACCACGGGAGAGAGACAUGUGGGUCACGUUAAGGAAAGGCAAGGGGCAGAGGCAGGAACGAGUGAGUACUCCAAUGUCGGUACACCUCGCAAAUAAGUACUCCUGUUUGAGUACGGAUGGGGGUGACAGCCUACCCAGGGGUAGUGACAGCGGACGGGUCUCCAGCACAGAGACCGGCCCUGUUGCUCCAAAAGCUAGGGAAAAAAAGAGGGCAAUAGUAAUUGGGGAUUCUAUUGUUAGGGGGUCGGAUAGGCGAUUCUGUGGACGCAGUCGGGAGACCAGGAUGGUGGACUGCCUCCCUGGUGCCAAGGUCUCGGACGUGUCUCAACGCAUCCAAGAUAUCCUUAAAUCAGAGGGAGAGGAGCCUGAGGUCGUGGUACAUAUAGGUACCAGUGACAUAGGAAAAAAAAGGGAAGAGGUCCUGAAGGGAGGAUUUAGGGAGUUGGGAGGAGAGUUAAGAAAAAGGACCAAAAAGGUAACAAUCUCAGGAUUACUGCCUGUGCCACGCGACAGUGAGAGUAGGAAUGGAGCGAGGUGGAGGAUAAAUGCGUGGCUGAAAGACUGGUGCAGAGGGCAGGGAUUCAAGUUCCUGGAUCAUUGGGACUUCUUUUGGGGAAGGUGGGACCUGUACAGAAAGGAUGGGUUGCACUUGAACCCGAGGGGGACCAAUAUCCUAGCGGGGAAAUUUGCAAAGGCAGCUGGGGAGACUUUAAACUAGAAUGGUUGGGGCGAGGGACUCAAAUAGCGAAAGGUAGUAGACCGAAUGGGAGGCAGGAAGCAGAAAUGGGAAGCACUCGGACGCAAGAGGAGAAAGGAAAAAAAGGAAAUAAACAGAGAAUAAGGGACGGGGGUUUUCUUAAAUGUGCAUAUUUUAAUGCUAGGAGCAUUGUAAGAAAGGUGGAUGAGCUUAGAGUCUGGAUAGACACCUGGAAGUAUGAUGUUGUGGCGAUCAGUGAAACGUGGUUGCAGGAGGGCUGUGAUUGGAAACUAAAUAUUCCAGGAUUUCGUUGCUUCAGGUGUGAUAGAAUUGGAGGGGCAAGAGGUGGAGGUGUUGCAUUGCUAGUCAGGGAAGAUAUUACAGCAGUGCUUUGGCAGGAUAGAUUGGAGGGCUCAUCUAGGGAGGCUAUUUGGGUGGAAUUGAGAAGUGGGAAAGGUGUAGCAACACUUAUAGGGGUGUAUUAUAGACCGCCAAACGGGGAACGAGAACUGGAAGAGCAAAUAUGUAAGGAGAUAGCAGAGAUUAGUAGUAAGCACAAGGUAGUGAUUGUGGGAGAUUUCAACUUUCCACACAUAGACUGGGAAACACAUUCUGUAAAUGGGCUGGAUGGGUUGGAGUUUGUAAAAUGUGUGCAGGAUAGUUUUUUGCAGCAAUACAUAGAGGUACCUACUAGAGGAGGGGCAGUGCUGGACCUCCUGUUAGGAAAUGAGACUGGACAGGUGGCGGAGGUAUGCGUUGGGGAGCACUUCGGGUCCAGUGAUCACAAUACCAUUAGUUUCAAUAUAACUAUGGAGAGGGUCAGAACUGGACCUAGGGUUGAGAUUUUUGAUUGGAGAAAGGCUAACUUUGAUGCGAUGCGAGAUGAUUUAAAAGGAGUGAACUGGGACAUUUUGUUUUAUGGGAAAGAUGUAGAAGAGAAAUGGAGGACAUUUAAAGGUGAAAUUUUAAGAGUACAGAAUCUUUAUGUUCCUGUUCGGUUGAAAGGAAACAGUAAAAAUUGGAAAGAGCCCUGGUUUUCAAGGGAAAUUGGAUAUCUUGUUCGGAAAAAGAGAGGGAGAUCUACAAUAAUUAUAGGCAGCAUGAAGUAAAUGAGGUGCUUGAGGAGUAUAAGGAAUGUAAAAAGAAUCUUAAGAAAGAAAUUAGAAAAGCUAAAAGAAGAUAUGAGGUUGCUUUGGCAAGUAAGGUGAAAGUCAAUCCAAAGGGUUUCUACAGCUAUAUUAAUAGCAAAAGGAUAAGGAGGGAUAAAAUUGGUCCAUUGGAGAGACAGAGUGGACAGCUAUCUGCAGAGCCAAAAGAGAUGGGGGAGAUAUUGAACAAUUUUUUUUCUUCGGUAUUCACCAAGGAGAAGGAUAUUGAAUUAUGUGAGGUAAGGGAAACUAGUAGAGUAGCUAUGGAUACUAUGAGGUUCAAAGUAAAAGAAGUACUGACACAUUUGAAAAAUAUAAAAGUGGAUAAUUCUCCAGGUCCUGACAGGAUAUUCCCUAGGACAUUGAGGGAAGUUAGUGUAGAAAUAGCCGGGGCUAUGACAGAAAUAUUUCAAAUGUCAUUAGAAACGGGAAUAGUCCCCGAGGAUUGGCGUACUGCGCAUGUUGUUCCAUUGUUUAAAAAGGGUUCUAAGAGUAAACCUAACAAUUAUAGACCUGUUAGUUUGACUUCAGUGGUGGGCAAAUUAAUGGAAAAGAUACUUAGAGACAAUAUAUAUAUAAGCAUCUAGAUAAACAGGGUCUGAUUAGGAACAGUCAACAUGGAUUUGUGCCUGGAAGGUCAUGUUUGACUAAUCUUCUUGAAUUUUUUGAAGAGGUUACUAGGGAAA